AUGGCCUUCACCGACUUCGCUGAAUAUCUCUUGACACCGACCCCCGCCGUCAUAUUCGGCGGCAUCUUCAUCGUCCUCCUGGUCCCCGUACUCCUCCACUUUCUGCUCACAGCCAACGUAUCGAGCCUCACCAACCUCCCCACCAUCCUUCUCGUCGGGCCCUCCGGCGCAGGGAAAACCGCCCUCGCAACCCGCAUGGAACGCGGCCCCGACGCCCAACCGACCGAAACCCACACCACCACGAACAAUCACUCCAUCGAGAUCGAGACCCCUGUCCCGUCCUCCUCUUCCGAAUCGCCCUCCUCCUCCGGUCCAAGCGCGGGCGAACACGUCAAGUUCCUCCUCACCGACACCCCAGGCCACGGCAAGCUGCGGGCCCGCGUGUUCAACCGCCUCGACGCCAUGGGUGAGAACGACAAGGGCCGCGUCCGCGCCGUCGUCUUCCUCUGCGACGCCGCCGCCCUCUCCGACCCGGACUCCCUCCGCCACGCCGCCGCUUACCUGCACGACCUCCUCCUCGUCCUCCAGCGCCGCGCCUCCGCCCGCAUCCGCGCCGGCGCCCCGCUCGCCAAGUGCGGCAACCCCGUCCUCGUCGCUGCCAACAAGCUGGACCUCUUCACUGCCCUCCCCGGCACCGCUGUCAAGUCGAAUCUCGAGGCCGAGGUCACCCGCAUCCGCGCUUCGCGGAGCAAGCGUCUCCUCGACUCUGGUGUGGGCGCGGACGAGGUCGGCUCCGAGGCCCAGGAUGAUUGGCUUGGGGAGUAUGCUUCGCAAAAGUUCACCUUUGAGCAGAUGGGCGAGUUUGGUAUCGAUAUCGAUGUUAUUGGUGGGAAUGUCACUGGAGAGGGGCCCGGCAUCGAGAAGUGGUGGCAAUGGAUGGCAUACCGGCUAUAG